AUACAAUCAGAUGCUACAGUGUUGGAGUCGUUUCCCUGAAAUGCGCCCGUCCUUUGCGGAUUUGGCGAAAAAAAUGAACGAAUUCGUCAAGCUAUCGCAAGAGAGUGGCAGCCCAUUCUCCGGUCCAUUCAUUGUCACACUGCCAUUGCCUAAAAGUUUACCUGAUUCAUCCGGCCAACCGAUGUUCAAUUGCCUGCCAAACGAACGUCAUUUUGGACGUGAGUUAAUCGAUCCCAUGCACAAUCCAAUGCACCGUAAGUGUCAAAGGCAAGCAUCGUUCAAUGAUUACGGUGCCAGUGAACGGAUGCACCAGGCCCGAAUACGCCAACAAGUUAGCCUGGAUGAAAAUCGACCAUCGCGUGCUCUGAACUCACCCGAUUUGUCCGCGUGCCAAGAGCAAAAUAACUCUCGCGGAUGUCUUGUCAGUCCCGCAGCAAGAGGUGUGCACAUGCGACCGGUUCGUGCAUACCGAAACACAACCACCUGUGACUUACGCAGAGCCAUCCGUUUUCAUCCGGCUUCCCAUCUGACUGGCUACGAGGGGGCACUGUCUGGCUUAUCAUCCGAACAGAACAACUUUAUUGGUGGUGCAUCUGUAGCAACGACAACAGCCGGCAGCACAGAAGUAACGCACAAUGGAUAUCCCACUCAUCUCACGAAUGCCGAAAAACCACACAGUCCCAAUUGGAACUCUAAUGGAAUGGCGUUUAAGAUGACAGCACUAUCGGGUGAUGGCGCGACCGCACGACCAUUAUCGUUGUUGGAAAAUUCGGCGAAAUCAUCCUUGAAAGAACCUACGUGGGAGAUGCAGCCAAUGUUCUAUCGCACAUUUAAUCGUCCAAUACACUCCGCCAAGCCUAGCUCAUUGGACUCCGCAAUGCGACCUCAUAUGAACGUCACUAUGCCCAUUAGGAACCCAACUACCAUCAACAACAACGAAGUGCCUUGUUGGCUAACGGAAACCGGAGGCGGGGUGGAUUCCCUCGGCUACGAGAGACCAUCGUGGACAAGUCAAAUGGUCACGAUGCGAAACCCAGCAAUGCACUGGUCGCAGACACAGCAGUUCUCUCAAGCACUCGCCCACAGCAUCAAUCGUAGCGCAGUCGCCGCGGCAGGAAACUUUUCCGGGUGAUUUUCCUACACACGCAGCAGCAUUAAAACAGAUGGUCGGUUCACAUUGUGACACUUGCAAUCAAGUAACCCGCGCCUCAGUGAGCGCCAGCCUUAUCCUUACCAGCCUUCGACUGCUCUCGAAGCGAUACAAAGUCGACGGUAUUUUAUCUAUUUAAUCCUUCAGUCACUGCAUAAACCCCUUCCUGUGUACAUUUUCCUCAGUUGCGCAUCACACAAGGCCUUCUUUCGAUAAAAUAUAUGCAAGAUACGAG